AUGUUUGAUCCAAAAUUGUCUAUCGUACCAGAUGAUAACAAUAUUUAUAUGUUUGGUACAACGAGAACAUGUUCUCAGUAUAGUUUAUCAGGAAAUAUAAUCAUCAGUAUUCCUCCACUCGAGCGUAAACAGCUCCGUAUACACUCACUCUCAGUUACUUUCCAAGGCGCUGCACAAUACAGCGACAGCCAAAGCAGGCUAUCCAACUACAGGUUAGCACAUUGCUCAGACCAGAUUGUCAAGCGUACGAAUGCUCCACAUGUGUUUGAGAACGACAGCAACGAAUUCAUCAAUGUUUCAGUUUUCUUCGAUCUUCGCCUGAAUGGCUGGCUACCACCAUCUAUAAGUUUACCAUCUUCACGGACUUCAUACGGUUUAUUCGCCAAAAUGGAAUGUACGAUCGAACCAAUUGAACACUCUAAGAGGAGUUCCUUAUUAUGGCCUCUGAACAAUACGAUAAAGAAACUCACGGUACUUGCACCAGAAUCAGAAAUAUAUAUAACGCGACACCGCAAUCAACAUCAGCGCUCCCGGGUGCAUAACAUACGUUCGCAGUGUCCUACCCAUGACAUAAAAGAUUUCAAGCCAGUCCGGAUUGGCAUCAAGACACCAAUGUGGUAUUUCACUGACGAUGAUGAUCUCAAGCUGGAUAUCUUCACAGGUUUGGUCAACGACGACUCAGAUGAAUCGACAGAGGCACGUCUGGAAUCUCUCCAACUUGGAUGCGUGGAGGAAAUACAUUAUACUUCUGAGCCACGACAGAGGUACUUACAGACAUAUCCGCUGCCGCAGUGCCAACCGCCCACGUACCCACUCAUCCCCUUCAAUAAUAGCCUCCCAGAACACACGUUGAAUGACAUUGCAAGCACACUCGGUAUUUCAACCAUGCCUACCAGCUAUACUCGCUCGCGGCUAGUGGCUAGAGGUGUAGGACCACCGCCUGCAACUGCUGCAUUCGCGACUCAUACAUUUGGCGAAGAAGGUGUAAACAUUAGCGGGAAGCUUACUGCUAGAAUAGCCUUGACGUUGCCUAUGCCAACAAAAGAAGAGCGCUCAAGUGAUAAAGUCAAUCCAAAUGGCUGCAAUUCGUCGCCAUAUCCUGACUGUGAGACGCCUUUUGUCAAGGUAAGACAUGCGCUCAGGUUGAUAUUGAACAUAAUAAGAAAGGCGCCAGGCGACGAAGAAUGGAGAGGUGAAAGCAUAGAUAUUACAAUCCCAGUGUGGUUCUCAACGAGGUCUUCAGACAGCCAGAUUGAAGUGCAGGCACAAAGACUGGCAUUACUCAAAAGCAAAGGAUUGCUACCACAUUCUAACCUCCCAGCUUAUAGCCAACUCUAUACAGACCAGGGUGCGCAAGUUGAAGACGAAGAGGCCCCACCGCGUUAUAAUAAAAACCCUGAACCAAAUGAAGAGACACUUCUUAGCGGGGAAUCGCUCAGAAGAACGAAUAUACCACCACGAUGGGAUAAAUUAUUUGAUAGUAACUCUAAUAAAUACUACUACGUAAAUUAUAAUUACGAUCCACCUACGACACAGUGGAAGAAACCAAAUAAGCUUAAACUUAAAUUAAAGCGUGUGUUCAGUCAUCCCGGUGGUUCGAAGGAACGUCAGAAGAGGGAAAUUAAGGGUACAGGCCAAGCAAAGGGUUUCGCGGUACCAAUGGGAAUAAACUGCGUUGGCUUAUCGAGCGCGGGGUUGCUCGACAAUCUCUCCAGUCUGACUGAAGGUCACUACAUUAUGAGCUUCAAGCCUGACGUAGACCAAAGCAAGCAUUAUGGGCUCUUAGAGAACCUUUUAGGCUCACAAUCAAGCAUCAAGCAUAAGUAUGAUGGUUUCUACAACGGCUAUGCGCUCAAUAUGGGUAGCAAUCUCUUAGGUGGUUUAUUAGAUAGCCUCCUUGGAGAUAUCGCAGAUAUGGAGGAAGAUGUCGAAGUUGAGGCAUAUGCGAUCCAGGACGAUGCUACCUGGAACCUGCAGCGUAUCAUACAAAGGGAUGCUCUCCCAGCUGGUUCAGACAGUCAUUCACAGGACUAUCAAUACGCGUACACUGGUGACGGAUCCGGCGUCGACGUCUAUGUCAUUGAUACAGGUAUUCGUGUCUCACACGAUGAAUUUGAAGGUCGCGCAUCAUACGGCUAUAACGGUACGUCAGGAGACGGAUCUGACCAAGUACACCAUGGUACACACGUAGCCGCCCUCAUUGGUGGUAAGACCUACGGUACGGCCAAAAAAGCGAACUUGAUUAGUGUCAAGGUACUCGACGCAAAUGGACAAGGCAGAGCAUCCGACGUCCUCGCAGGUGUAAACUGGGCAGUCAACCAAGCCAAAUCAACGGAUAAACCUAGUAUCGCGUCACUCAGUUUGGGUGGACCUGGUUCAAACGCGAUGGAUAAUAUCGUUAAUGAUGCAACAAAAUCAGGUGUUCAUUUCGUCGUUGCCAGUGGAAAUUACAACGAAGACGCCUGCUCAUCAUCUCCAGCCAGAGUUGAGUCCGCCAUUACAGUAGGUGCAAGCGAUAUCAGUGAUAGAAGAGCGCCAUUUUCAAGUUAUGGUGACUGUGUCGAUUUGUACGCACCAGGUGUCGAUAUCUUGAGUGCUGGUAAUGAAAACGACCAAGCUACACUCUAUCUCAACGGUAGCUCAAUGAGCGCACCAAUCGUCAGUGGUAUGCUUGCGACUAUAAUCUCAAACGAGGGCGAUAUUUCACCGGAGGAUAUGCAGAACCGUAUCAAUGAUCUCAGCACGGAUAGCAUCGUAUCUGAGUCGAACCCAGUUAACAAAGAUGCGGGUAACGCUACACUCGCAUACUAUAACCCAACCCAAUAG